UCAAUAGAUUAUUCUUCACACAUCCCAUCUCCACAUAACUCUGAUUUACUAGGUCGCACGUGGCCACUAUCCAUCAGAACCUCAGUUAUUUUUUACGUUGUCUGUUUAGAUAGACAGAAAAUGCAAAAAUUGAUCUAUUUUCUUUCAAUGUUUUGUCCUUAUGACGUAUCUUAUGUGUUGGUUUAUCAAAUCUGAUGACACGCAGUCGGAGACAAUUCCAAUUACAUGAUCUCUUUAGAUAACUAUAAACAAUCGUCAGUCAUACCUUUGUUUUCGAUGUGCUGUUAGCCAACAACAUCUGUUAUUUUUCCUUACUUAAGAUAUUUACACGUGGAUUUUGAAUUUCCCAAUUUUACACGUAAUAAUUUUUUACCUUAUAUAUUUACUGUUAUUGUUGAUCAAUUUCUUAACAAGAAAAUCUGUACACGUUUGAUCCAGUAAGUUUACCUAAUUGUUAUGAAGAGUCGUUCUUCAUUUUUUUUCAUUUUCUUAAUUUACCUAUAUGCCUCUUGACUUUUUUUUACAAAUUUUUAUCUUGCAGUUAAAUAAACAUGUCUACACAGCUUACUCCGAUUAUGGAAAUCAAUCAGGCAAGUCACAACCGGUGGACAGCCCUUGUACAAAUCUUAGAAUGUCAGCACGUUUUGCAAACUAAAAAAGGGUCUUCUUACAAACGACUGAUGUUAACAGAUUCUGAAGGCUUAAAGUUCACAGCAAUUAUUUUCAGUGAGAAUUUAAACUACUAUGCAAGAACAUUCACACAAUACAGGAGGUAUCGCAUCUCAAAUGUGUUUGUCAUCCCAUGUGAUCCAAGAUAUGCAGUUAGCUUAUAUGGAUUUUCAUGGGUGCUCAAUAAGCGAACGCUUGUACAAGAACAUCCUGAUCGCAAUCCGGUGAAUUUACCUUGUACUUAUGAAUUCAAACCAUUUACGAGGCUCCAUGAACAUGCUGAAUCAGAACAUCUUCAAAAUGUCAGAGGCAUCGUUGUACGAUGUUUGCCCAGUUAUGAACAAGGUUCUGACCUUGUCAGUCGGAGAGAUGUCGUUAUUAUCAACGAAGAAAAACUGCCUUUGGUGAUCACUCUGUGGAACCAAUUCGAUGAACAUGAGGGUAAUAUGUUGCAGUCAAUGCAAGGCCCACCCCCUUUGUUCUUUGGACUGAGGCUGAAAGUCACAACUUUUAACUGUUUGCUCAUCAAUCCACCGGUUAGGGACGACUUGCAAUUACGCACCUGGUACAAUAACAACCGCAAGGAAAUAAAUGACUUGCUAUCAGUCACAAACUACCGAAGAAAUGAUUUCCUUCUACCAUAUCCAGCCGAAACAAACAUAUCUUCUAUUGUUUCUGCAACUUCACAUUUCGACACUAUGAAAACUGCUUGGGUGAAAGGCACCCUGAGUCUUCCUGAACAAGAACGUAACUUAUCAUACACUGCCUGUUCCAACUGCUUCAAGUCUAUAGAAGCCGACACAACUUGGAUUGUUACCUGUCCUUCUUGUCACAUCGAGUCAGAAAUUCAGCAGAUGUCAAGGUUAACUGUUUUGAUUGCCGAUGAAAGUGGAGUCAUGAAAGCAAAUUUACACACACCUGAACUUGAAAAGUUUAUACAUUUCUCUCCAAAAGAUGUGCAAAUCAGUGAAGAAACAAGUCAAACUCUAUGCAAUUCCAUUGCCACUGCAAUCAAGUCUGUUUAUAUUGUUGCUUUCGUUCGUGCAUACGAAGUGCAUUUUCAAGGAACAACAGACAUCAAAGUGAAUAUUGUUAAAGCUUACAAAGUAAAUGAUCGUGCUGCUGUAUCAAAUGAGUCUGAUAACAUGGUCCAUAGAUCAAACAUCGGUGAAGGCACAUCAACAACCAAGAAUGUGUCUUCUCUUGCAGCCACAGUUCCUUUGCCAUCGGCUGGUGAAAUUGAAAAACCUCUUGAAGUUAAGAAUUCAAAGCAAGUUCCUGUUAUAUACUUGCUUCCAAAGAAUAAACCAGAACCAAUUCUAAUGGCAAAGCAUCUUGUUCCAGAAAUUCCAAGUUCCAGCUCCUCUCCAAUUGAACAAAAAGUUUCUGAAUCAGUCCCACCUUUAGCACUUCCUGUGAAAGAAGAUGUUCCUCGGGAAAGCAAUCCAAGGCCUUCCAAAAAAAUAAAGUAACUGUGGUUUGUUAAAGAUGGUAACUAUCUUCUACAUAUCUUUUGCGAAUAGAAUAUAGAGGGUUUAUUCGAUAUGUAAAUAAUAUCUUUUGCGAAUAGAAUAUAGAGGGUCUAUUCGAUAUGUAAAUAGUAUCUUUUGCGAAUAGAAUAUAGAGGUCUAUUCGAUAUGUAAAUAGCAGCUAACUGCAGUUGACAACCAUCUUUGUAUGGUUUCUUUUGGCGUAUAGAUCAUUAAGAUAUAUUGUAUAUACACUUUCAAGUUUUUCAUAUAAGAUCUAUUGUAUAUACA